AUGGAUUUUGUGAACGUUUUUGUAACUUCUGACCUUACUUCAUCGGAGCGACGAAUUUGUCUGAGCUGGACUAUAGAAUUCUUCAAGUCGCGAUUGGAGUUAAUCACUGGAGUUUCAACACUGGAUCAAAAGAUUUGGAUCUAUAAAUCAGCUGACGCCGCUGAGCGCGAAGAGAUGACAGCCGUAGGAUCACAAACUCUCAGUGCAUAUAAUAUUAGACCACACACAAGAAUACAUGUUGAUGAUACGAACGCUAAGUCAGUGCUGAGAGAGUUAGAAGCAGAAUUCAGCGAUGAUACUGGCCAACAUUACGUGAUGGCAGAUGAGAAAUAUAAACAACGCAGGGAGAGUGUACUUAAAUGGAAAAAGGAGAAUUGUUAUGGUGAAUUCGACCCCCACUUUCAAACGAGGAAUCCUUUAUCAGCUCAGGAGAUCGAAAACGAGACCAGAUUUCUCAAAGUGGGGCAAUCGUGUGAAGUCUUGAAUGGAAAUACAUCUAAAUCUGGUGUAAUAAAAUUCGUUGGAAAAAUUGAUGAGAUAGACAAUGGCAGGUGCAUAUGGGUUGGUGUCGGGCUGGAUUUGCCUUUAGGGAAAAAUGAUGGUAGUUUAAAGGGAAAGCGAUAUUUUGACUGUGAAAAAAACCAUGGAUGCUUUGUCAAACCCUCCAAAAUCCGAUUGACACAUUUCGACCCAAUGUUGUCUUCUCCAAAUAUUGAAGAUGAAAUUUAA